AGUGUUGGUGGUGGCGGUGCAGUGCUGGCCCCGGCGCCUCGCUCGCCAACAUUUUUGUAGGCUGUCGUGGUCGGGGUCUGGCUGUUGCCGUGCCUGAGACGGCGGCGUGACGAGGGCUGCCCGCAAUGUGUGCCCAGAGGCUAAACAAUGUAGAACCAAUGGUCAUUGACAUGGCAGUGGAGGAAAAUGACAACACAGAGGAGGAGCCAGUAAUAGUGGAGAGCACUUCCUUGGACCUGGAGACGUAUGCCAACUGCUACACAGGUCUGGCCAAGCUGCAGCGCCUCAUCUUUAUCGCUGACCGCUGUCCUCAGCUUCGUGUUGAGGCUCUCCGCAUGGCCAUUCACUAUGUGCAGACUACCUACAAUGUCAACCUUUAUACACAGCUGCACAGAAAGCUGCAGGAGGCAGUCAGUGGAGCCAAUGCCGGUAACCCCAGUUUACCAGACAUUGCUGGGGGCCAGGUAGGGGGAGGGGUUGCAACUGCCAACCUCCCUGCCUUGGACAUGCAGUGGGUCGAGUCUCGUGCCAAAAAAGCCGCACUCAAAUUGGAGAAGCUAGAUACUGAUCUUAAAAAUUCCAAGGUCAAUAGCAUAAAGGAAUCUAUUCGGCGAGGCCAUGAUGACUUGGGGGACCACUAUUUAGAUUGUGGUGACCUUUCAAAUGCCCUCAAGUGUUACUCUCGUGCCAGAGAUUACUGCACCUCCUUUAAGCAUAUUAUUAAUAUGUGUCUUAAUGUUAUAAAGGUAUCAAUCUACCUAAACAACUGGUCCCAUGUCUUGAGUUAUGUAAGCAAGGCUCAAGCGACACCAGAAGUAGCAGAAUCCAGGCCAAGCAAUAAUAAAGAUCAAUCAGCCAUAAUCCAGACUAAGUUAACCUGUGCCUCAGGCUUAGCACAGCUAGCAACAAGAAAGUAUAAGCCUGCCGCCAAGAGUUUUCUUGGGGCACAGCUUGAUGCCUGUGAUUUUCCCGACCUUUUAUCCACCUCCAACGUUGCCAUGUAUGGGGGACUCUGUGCUCUGGCCACCUUCUCACGCCAGGAGCUACAGAAACUUGUUAUAUCAAGCAGUUCCUUCAAGCUAUUCUUGGAAGUGGAACCUCAGUUAAGAGACAUAAUUUUUAAGUUCUACGAGUCAAAGUAUGCCUCAUGCCUGAAGCUUUUAGAUGAAUUAAAGGAUGUUCUGAUGCUAGACAUGUACUUGGCACCUCAUCUCAAUACACUCUACACUCGCAUAAGAAAUCGUGCUCUUAUACAAUACUUCAGCCCUUACAUGAGUGCUGACUUAGAAAAGAUGGCAGCUGCUUUCAACACAACCAUAUCUGCAUUAGAAGAUGAACUAAUGGCCUUAAUUCUAGAUGGGCAAAUCCAGGCUCGGAUAGACUCUCAUAAUAAGAUCUUGUAUGCCAAGGCAGUGGAGGAGAGAAGCAUGACCUUUGAGCGGUCUCUGGAGAUGGGCCGCGAACACAUCAUGCGUGUGAAGGGCCUCAUCCUGCGGUCGGCACUCAUAAAGAACCAGAUUCACGUGAAGAGUCCUCCCCGGGAAGGGGGUGGGGGUGGAGGACAGGGCAGCGGAGAUUUGACAAUAGCAACUAGCAACAGUUCUGCUGCUGCACCAAGGAACUAACUAAUUAACUCACUAACAGUCGCAAGUGACCAGUGUCCCCAGGCUGUGUUGAAACUAAACCUGUGCUGAAUUUCAGCACUGUUUGUUUGCUGGCACAGUGUUGUGCCACCAGACGGGCAACAAAACUCAAACAGUUAUGUAAAAAUAUAUUGCUCACCUGAGUUCUGCAGAUACAUUGCUGCUUGUGUAAUGUGACAGAGCAUCAUGUGUAUGGAAGAACUUUCCUCACUUGUGAACACUUACUAUGCAGGGGUUCUAUGACACUCUUGCCAUACAUAUUGAGCACUACAGUAGAUGACAUCAAAGUGUGCAUAGCUUACUUCCAUGUUUCUGGCACUUUCUGAUGACAGAUGCCAGCAAAUGAACCUCAGGAGGUCUGUGAACUAUGUAUCUCUAUUUACUUGGUGUUUAUCAUACCAUAUUGUAUAGCAAUUACACACUACACAGAAAUGAUAAAUUCUCAAAGCGCUCACAUGACUACAGUGCAUCUUUAGGAGUGAUCAAAACACUUAUUUUUAUUUUAAUGUGAAAGAAAUAUAAUUUAUGUAACAUUUUCAAAUAAUUUUGUAUUCAUUGUCUGGGAAAAUAACACUUGCAAAUUACUGAGUUCAGCAUUUUUACAUAUAUUGAUCAUGUUUCACUGGUCAUGUUAAAAUUUGGUGGUGGCAAGGAAGAGGUGUUGAUGGGUUGGCUUUGUAUUAGUGACGAGUAGGUCACAUGUGCUGCUAUUACAUUGCUACUACAUUUUGGAUACCCAUGAAUUCACCCACUAGCUUUUUCUAAGUUUUCAAGUCUUACUAUUCUAUUUAUUCAUAAAGUUUUCUAUUGUGCACAGACCAAGCCCUAGUCUAUAUAAAUAUCUUAAGUUAGGAGUUUGACUGUUGAAGAAACAGGAGGUAAUUAGGAAAUAUACAGGGUUGUCAAUUUUUGUUAAUUGUUAUUGUAUUAUAAUGUGCAGCAGUUGUGUAAAUUUAGUAUAUUAACAUUUUUGAGGAAGUAAAUAUCUGCAGCAUAUAAGAUACACUGAAUGAUAAAUUUUAUACAAGCUUAAUUUGCUCACACAGUAUUUUCACAGUUAUUCUAUAUAUAAGUGGAAAUCAUAUCUGGCAUGAUGUAUUAACAUUCACUAAAAAUUAAUGAUAAAUAUAUCAUUUCCUGUAGCCAAGAUAGUACUGUAUUUUCAAAUUCACUUGAUAUGUACCCAGAGUUGAGAAUUCACAGGAAAUACUACUAUUUAUAAUAGUCUUAAGAAUUUUCAGGAACAUCACUUCUUAAGGCUUGCCACCACUAUACAUACGUUGAGAGUUAAGAUCAGUACCUCCGCUCGGUGGGAUUGUCAGAUACUAUCCAAAGGGUUCACUUUUCACUUAAACUAUCAGGCACACUUGUGUGCUGUCCAUCAAUAGUUGGGAACUAUAGUGCUUCUUUUCAUAGGAAGGACUGUGCAGACCUUGCUGUGGAUCCUGAUCAUGUUGGAAGUGGCUGGGAGUAAUGGUGAUUUUCUAUUGACAACAGUAAAAUGACACAACCAAA